AUGGCUCCUGAUCUCAAUUCCGUCCCACCAUCCCCUCGACCACCUGCCGCAUCCCCUCGAAACAGCUCCAGACCAGCGUCUCAGCAAAUGCCUCCACCCAGUCUCCCUCCCACCUCUCCUUCUCUGAACAUCCUGCCAUCAAAUCAGAGUACCGUUGCACAUCAUACUAUUUCGCCACCAUUGGCUUCCCCUGGAAUGGCUUCUACCACAACAACAGGCACACAGGUUAUUGGGGAUAGCACUGGGGUAGGAACGGGCCCUGGACCAUUGAGACAUCCUAGACCUUUGACCGCUGCAGAUUUGCAUUUACAGUUGGAGAAGGAACAGGAAGCCGUGGUCAAUCGAUUAACCCGCGAACUCUCUUUGCUUCGAGCAGCUCAGAAUGCCUCUGUCGUUUCAAAUGCAUCUUCUACCUCUACUGGUCUUCCAGACAGCACAGAUAACCACUCAAACCACCUCCUUUCUGGACCAAGCCACCCAGCACCCUCUCAAAGACGCCAUCACCGAACUUCAUCCUCCACCAGCACACGUAGCAUUACAUCAGGCACUGCUGGUAUCGCUGGUUUAGUACCGUCCUCAACCGCAGACCGAACUCGGGGAAAUAUACCACGCCACGAUUCGAUCCCUCAAUCACAAUCUCUGAGUCGUCAAAACUCAAUGCAAGGGCGGAGCGGAGCAAGCAGCCCAGCACUCCUGAGUUCUAGCUAUCAGCACCCAGAACACUUCCCAUACUUCUAUUCACAACGACCGGCUCUACCUCAACACCGCGAGCCAUCAUCAGGGCACAUCACAGGGUUGCAUGGUGGAGAUGGUCAUCGUUCAGACUCUGUCACAAGUGUGCAGACUUCUGGACGCUAUGAAGAGACGGCAUACCACCGUCACGAACUCGAGGCUGUGAAACGCGAGAACGAGACCCUCAAGCGACGAAUCAGGGAACUGGAACGCACAAUCCGGGUAAGGCGCCAGAGUGACGCGAGUAGGACCAGAAGCGAGAGUGUGUCUACGAGCGCAAGUGUGAUGGAGAAUAUCUCUGGUGUGGGAAGGGGAAGGGAAAGAGAGAAGGAAGGUGAGGAAGAUGGUGUGAGGGUCGGUGAGAGUGCUAGGAGUGCUGGGGUUUUAAGGUAG